AUGCGCUGGUCAUCACCUCACACAGAGACUGCGAGUCUUGCAUCUGAUGAACCGGCUGCCAUCAUCUCAGCCACGCAAGGUUUCCUCACAGCAUUGAGCACUAAGUCCCGUAUCGACUUUGAGAAACACUGCGUCCGAGCUGGAGGGAUGUCCCUCUCGCCCCCGCCACCCACUGCCCUCCGUUUCUGCACAAUCGGCUCAUUUGUCGAACACAUCUCUACGCUCAAGGAUGCCAUCGAUGAGCGAAUAUGGGAUCCCGAGGUGAAGGUACACGAGGCUGGGAAUUUGGCUGCAGUGUGGGCGCCUUUUCGGGCAAAGAUCAACGGUGUGGUCGACCAUGUCGGCGUUGAGCUUUUCGUCCUGCAUAAGAUUGAUGGUCGAUGGAAGGUUACGGGGUUGGCAGAUUCGUGUCGACUACCGACUGUGGAGGAAAUGCUCUUGGAAUGA